UCUUUUUUUUUUUUUUUUUUUUUUUUUUUUUUUUGCUGCUGCAAUUCAUUUCUUUUGUUACAUGUUUCAUCCAUCAUUACAUAAAAAUCUUGUCUUUUGUUCAUUAAAUUUGCAAACUCGAAUGGGUUUUUAAAAUUACUAUAUUUUGGUAAGAAAAGGUGUGUUCUUGUGCAAUCUUUUUAUCAUCUUUUUUUAGGCUGCAAUUCUUUUCUUUUGUUACAUGUUUCAUCCAACAUUAUUACAAUUUUCUUGAUAAAAAUGUUAUCUUUUUUCCAUUUAAAUUUGCAAACUAAAGUGGGUAUUUAAUUCACUAAAAAUUGGUAUAAAAAGGUGUGUUCUUGUACAAUCUUUUUUUUUUUUUUUUAAUCAUAUGUCAACCUCACAUACACUUUAUCAAGAUUUCCCACUCCAGUUGGGCCUUUACACACCGUUGGAUAUCAUUUUACUCACACAAUUAAUGGGUCAGAUUAGAACCUGCAAAGUCAACAACUUUAUGCUCAUAGCCUCAUACUGCUAUGAAUGAUUGAAUUGAAGUCAACUUUAUUGUUUCUUGAAUUAUCUAAUUUAAUCUUGCAGGUGUGAAUGUUUUCAGAUACAUAUGCAGUUUGAGUUUCUUGAUUGUUGUUACCAUAGUUAGUUAUUACCGUUAAUGGCAAGAAAAUCCCCAAAAUGCCCUCCCACUGUUGAACCAAGUAAAAUUGGUUGUGUGUGGAAUUUUAGUGGUAUGUUUGACUUUGACCAUCACCAUGGUCGUCCUCACCAGAAGCUGCUGCCAGAUGAGACCCAUAGGAGCAGAAGUGUUCUAGGAGCUGAACAUGAAAGGGGCCAAGUAAGAAUGCUGACUUUUGAUGAACAACUUAGAAGCAUUUAUAUUAAUUCGAAGAAGAAAGCCGCAAGUGUGAACCAAUCUUUAAAGAAUGAAGAGGCUUGGAAGAAAACCAUUGAGAAAUGUUUUUGGCAAAAGAUGAAAACCCGAUACGAAAACAUGAGCAAGAAGAAGGAAAACACGAACAUCCUUGAUACAAUCGUGGUUUUGAAGCCUACUCAACGUGUUGUAGAAUGCCCAGUUGAUAUAGGGUGUCAAUGCUUGCAUUCGCACCCUCAUCACAACUCCGCAAAUAACAAACACAUGGUUAAACACACCCAUGUUUUGUUUAGUGAUGUUAGAAGAAAACUAAAAGUUUCAAAGUUGAAGAGCUUUCGAAAGAUGAAAUCUUGUGGUGAAACUGGUUCUAAAGCUGGAGAUUUAGCGUUGGUACCAUACGUUAAGCACCAAGAACCGGAAGUAUUUAUGGAAGCCAGAAGACACCUAGCCGAAAGGUUAAGGCUAGUGGCUUUAGGCACGGGUGUGGGUGAGCCUUCGGGUCCUUCAUGUAAACAAGUGGCAAGAACCUUGGAGAGGGUACUACUAACAUCUCCUAUACACGAGUCGAUGGCUGCUCUCAAGCGUGAACUCGAAGCAACCCACGGUGAGAAAAGUUUGCAUACGACUUGGAGUGCCUUGAGCCCGUUAAAGCAGAAUGAGUAUUCAAAUGCUAGUGGUUUCGUGGAGCUCACAUAUACGAAUGAUGCUCUUAGUCACGUCUCAAAGUUCUCAAACAUGGACUCGAACACAAAAGACAUCGGUCCGUCACCACCAGGAACCGAUGGGUGCAUUAACAGACCCGAACUGGAACUUCUAUUAGAUGCCUCUUCACCAAAAGCCGGUUUUAAAUCAGAAAACAUGGAUAGUGAUCAAUUUAGAGAGAAUCCGAGCCCGGUGUCUGUUCUUGACCCAUUCUUUUCAGAUAAUAUCGACAGUCCCACGAGCACCAUCGAAUCUGUUGAACACCAUAUGCAACCACGGCGGCUUGAUUUCGAGGAACAUUCAUCGCAAACUUCAUCUCCAGCACGGAAGAGAGGUGUAAGUUUAUUUACUGAGGACCGGGAAUUCAUUUCCUCAUAUGUCAAAGAGCUCUACCGAGCUUCUCAGUCAAACUGGGAGUUCUUUUUAGCGACGGAUUACGCGUUUGAAUCACCGUGUGAUAUUAAAGUCCUCCAUGAUUGUGUCAAGGAAGUGCUGCUUAGUUUACAUUCCAGAAUGGCGUUAUUUAGCUCACGUGCUCGGCCAUUUUCAUUGGAAAAAGAUGUGAUCAACAAGGUCAUUGACCAAGUUGACUGGCAUAAUGGUCAACCCGCGGGUCCGCGGACGCUAGACCAGCUCAUUAGAAAGGAUAUGGCGAAACGUGGAUCAUGGUUAGACACUUUAUCAGAUAGAAAUGAUAUUGUGGUUGAAGCUGCAGAUGAAAUUCUGCAAGAAUUGGUCAUAGAAGCUAGUAUUGACAUUUGCUUUUGAAGCCACGUUGACUUUUCGGUUGACCUGUUGGUCUGGACUUGUGUCUCAUGGUUAGUGCCUCACGGGUUUAGACAGGGGUGAACCACGCAUCAAGUAGUGGGUUAUGUGUUAGUGUUAUAGAGAGAAGUUCUAGCUAAUAUAGUUGUUUGGUCAUUUUUUGGGACAUAAAGCCUGUAUGUAAUAAUCAGAUGAAUAAGAGCUUAAAUGGGUUGUAGUUUAUGUUUUGUAUUGUACAUUGUUGCCAUGAUUUAGGGUUGAUCAACGAGCAUGAAGUAUCAACAUGGGCUCGAGAUCGUAACCAUACGAGCUGGAUUGGCUUGGUUCGUAAUCUUCAAUUUGAGCUAGGAACUGAGGUUGGUCUUAGCUCGUAUGUAACUCGAGUCGGUUCAUGGCAAUUGACUUAAAUGGGUUGUAGUUUAUGUUUUGAAUUAUGAUGAUUUAGUAUGAAUUUUUAUAUUUUCUUCAA